UGAUACCACUAAUGGUCAAGAUAACACUGAAAGGUUAGGAUUAAUGACAUACAAACAGUUUACCCAAGUUCUUGAGGAUGAUGUUUCACCAUCUCAAGCUGGGGGCAGGUACCAAGAAUACAGGACAGAAUACAUAACUACUCAGAAACGUGCUUAUUUUGAUCUCAAUAAGAAUGAAGAUUGGUUGAAAGACAUGUACCACCCAACAAAAUUAUUAUCUGUUAUUGAAAGGAGGAAUGAUUUUUGCAAGACUGCAGCGAAGAAUUUGAUCCAUGACCUACAGAAUGGAACUUUAGACCUUGGUCCUGGAUUGACUGCUGAUGCAGUGAUCAAAUCAGGAGAUGGUGAUGGUGGAAGCUCUGAGGAUGAUACAGAUUAUGGUGAAAAGAAAAUAAAACAUGGAAGAGGUCCCCAGAAAGAGAUUGAACCGCUUUCAGUUUCAGCUGCUCCUAAAGCUCAUCCGGUCAGUUCACAGUACCGAAGGAUUCACACUGACAUAGACCGGACUCUUGCUUUGGUGAAAAAGCUUGAUUCAGAGAAGGAUAUUCUGGGAAACAUCCUGUUAACUGGUGAUCAUGAUAAUUCAAAUGUUGAUAAAUCACACAUCAGGUCCAUGGGGCCUGUAGUUAUUGUCCGGGGCUUAAAUACUGUCAAGGGCCUUGAAGGUGUUGAGCUCCUAGACACUCUCCUUACUUAUCUGUGGCGUGUCCAUGGUGUUGAUUACUAUGGCAUGUCUGAGAUGAAAUACGCAAAAGGUUUUCGUCAUGUGAGAGCUGAAAACAAGAGUGGCUCUAUGGCUGAAAACAACAAUGCUGCUGAUUGGGAGAAGAAACUGGAUUCUUUCUGGGAACAAAGACUGGUGAAUGGUGAGGAUCCUCUAGUUGUAUUGACUGCAAAGGACAAAAUUGAUGCAGCAAUUGUUGAAGUUCUAGAACCUUAUGUCAGAAAAAUGAGGGAUGAGAAGUAUGUCUGGAAGUAUGGUUGUGGAGCCAAGGGAUGUGAAAAACUUUUCCAUGCUCCUGAGUAUGUUCACAAGCAUCUGAGGCUCAAGCAUCCUCUUUUGGUCUCUAUUUUGUCAUCAAGAAUCGAAAAUGAUAUCUAUUUUCAAAAUUACAUGAAUGAUCCAGAUGCUCCAGGAGGAAAACCAGUCAUGCAGCAAACGUUGCAGGAUAGAACGAGACGAAGGCCUGAUGAACAGAUGUUUGGUGCUUCUGGUGGACGUGGUUCAGAUGCUCCACUUCUCCCCGACCCCAAGUGUGCCCUUUCACCAGUACUAAUACCAGUGCCUGGUGCUGGGUAG